AUGGAAUCAGAAGGUGAAACCGGGGCGAAGCCCAUGAAAAGUAUAGGCGGACAGGUUUGUCAGAUCUGUGGUGAUAAUGUUGGCAAGACUUUGGAUGGUGAACCAUUUGUUGCUUGCGAUGUUUGUGCAUUUCCAGUGUGCAGGCCUUGCUAUGAGUACGAGAGGAAGGACGGAAAUCAGUCUUGCCCUCAGUGCAAAACCAGAUACAAGAGGCACAAAGGUAGCCCUGCCAUUCUUGGUGAUAGAGAAGAGGAUGCUGAUGCUGAUGAUGGUGCUAGUGAUUUUAAUUACUCUUCAGAAAAUCAAAACCAGAAACAGAAGAUUGCAGAACGCAUGUUGAGCUGGCAGAUGACUUAUGGACGAGGGGAAGAUGUGGGCCCUCCGAAUUAUGAUAAAGAGGUCUCUCAUAACCAUAUUCCACUGCUCACCAAUGGACAUGAAGUUUCAGGAGAGCUGUCUGCUGCAUCACCUGAGCAUAUUUCUUUGGCAUCUCCUGGAGCUUCUGGUGGGAAGCGCAUCCCUUAUGCAUCUGAUGUCCAUCAAUCAUCUAAUGUGAGGGUUGUGGACCCAGCAAGGGAGUUUGGUUAUCCAGGACUGGGCAAUGUGGCUUGGAAGGAAAGAGUUGAUGGCUGGAAGAUGAAGCAGGACAAGAAUGUUGUUCCAAUGAGUACUGGCCACGCGCCUUCUGAAAGGGGUGCUGGAGAUAUUGAUGCCGCCACAGAUGUGCUUGUGGAUGACUCUUUACUGAAUGAUGAAGCUCGGCAACCUCUCUCGAGGAAGGUUUCCAUUCCUUCUUCUAGGAUUAAUCCAUACCGGAUGGUCAUUGUUUUGCGGCUUAUCAUCCUCUGCGUUUUCUUGCACUACCGAAUAACAAAUCCUGUGCGCAAUGCCUAUGCAUUAUGGUUAAUAUCUGUGAUAUGUGAGAUUUGGUUUGCAAUAUCGUGGAUAUUGGAUCAGUUCCCCAAGUGGCUCCCUGUAAAUCGCGAAACGUAUCUUGACAGGCUUGCUUUGAGGUAUGACCAUGAAGGAGAACCAUCACAACUAGCUGCUGUUGACAUUUUUGUCAGUACUGUUGACCCAUUAAAGGAGCCUCCUCUUGUGACAGCAAACACAGUGCUAUCUAUUCUUGCAAUUGACUACCCAAUUGACAAAGUCUCGUGCUAUGUCUCUGAUGAUGGUGCUGCAAUGUUGACGUUUGAAGCUUUGUCUGAGACUUCAGAGUUUGCCAGGAAAUGGGUACCCUUCUGCAAGAAAUACAGCAUUGAGCCUCGGGCUCCAGAAUUCUACUUUGCACAGAAGAUUGACUACUUGAAAGAUAAAGUGCAACCAUCUUUUGUCAAAGAUCGUAGAGCUAUGAAGAGAGAAUAUGAAGAAUUUAAAAUUCGUAUUAAUGGGCUUGUUGCCAAGGCACAAAAAGUGCCUGAAGAAGGAUGGAUUAUGCAAGAUGGAACCCCAUGGCCUGGAAAUAACAUCAGAGACCAUCCAGGAAUGAUUCAGGUUUUCUUAGGGCAAAGUGGAGGGCUUGAUACUGAUGGUAACGAGCUGCCGCGGUUAGUUUAUGUGUCUCGUGAAAAGCGACCAGGCUUCCAGCACCACAAGAAAGCGGGUGCCAUGAAUGCACUUGUUCGCGUAUCAGCUGUGCUAACUAAUGGGCCUUUCUUGUUGAAUCUUGAUUGUGAUCACUACAUAAACAAUAGCAAGGCUUUGAGAGAAGCUAUGUGUUUCAUGAUGGAUCCUAACCUUGGGAAAAAUGUCUGUUAUGUUCAAUUUCCACAAAGAUUUGAUGGCAUUGACAGGAAUGAUCGAUAUGCCAAUCGCAAUACCGUAUUCUUUGAUAUAAACUUGAGGGGUUUGGAUGGUAUUCAAGGACCUGUCUAUGUGGGCACUGGAUGUGUCUUUAAUAGGACGGCAUUGUAUGGUUAUGAACCUCCACUCAAACCCAAGCAUAAGAAACCAGGGUUGCUGUCUUCACUCUGUGGUGGGUCUCGAAAGAAGAGUUCUAAAUCAAGUAAAAAGGGCUCUGACAAGAAGAAAUCUGGAAAGCAUGUAGAUCCCACUGUACCCAUUUUCAGCUUAGAAGAUAUAGAAGAGGGUGUUGAAGGAGCUGGAUUUGAUGAUGAGAAGUCACUUCUCAUGUCACAAAUGAGCCUGGAGAAGAGGUUUGGCCAGUCAGCUGUUUUUGUUGCUUCCACACUUAUGGAGAAUGGCGGUGUUCCUCAGUCUGCAACACCAGAAACUCUUCUUAAAGAGGCUAUUCAUGUCAUCAGCUGUGGGUAUGAGGACAAAACAGAUUGGGGAACUGAGAUUGGAUGGAUCUAUGGUUCUGUUACAGAAGAUAUUCUUACCGGAUUCAAGAUGCAUGCCCGUGGUUGGCGGUCAAUUUACUGCAUGCCCAAGCGCCCAGCCUUUAAAGGGUCUGCUCCUAUUAAUCUUUCUGAUCGUCUGAACCAAGUGCUUCGAUGGGCUCUGGGUUCUGUUGAAAUUCUUCUCAGUCGGCAUUGUCCAAUUUGGUAUGGCUAUAAUGGUAGGCUGAAAUGGCUCGAGAGGUUUGCAUAUGUAAACACUACCAUUUAUCCAAUCACCGCCAUUCCUCUUCUCCUUUACUGCACACUUCCAGCUGUCUGUCUACUUACAGACAAGUUCAUUAUUCCACAGAUCAGUAACAUCGCAAGUAUAUGGUUUAUUUCUCUCUUUCUUUCCAUCUUUGCAACCGGUAUCUUGGAGAUGAGGUGGAGUGGUGUUGGGAUUGAUGAGUGGUGGAGGAAUGAACAGUUUUGGGUUAUUGGUGGUGUUUCAGCCCAUCUUUUUGCUGUUUUCCAAGGCUUGCUCAAGGUGCUUGCUGGCAUUGACACCAACUUUACUGUCACGUCCAAGUCAUCAGAUGAGGACGGGGAUUUCGCUGAACUGUACAUGUUUAAAUGGACAACGCUCCUUAUCCCGCCAACAACUCUCCUUAUCCUUAACUUGGUAGGUGUUGUUGCUGGGAUAUCCCAUGCCAUCAACAGUGGUUAUCAGUCAUGGGGUCCUCUCUUUGGCAAGCUUUUCUUCGCCUUCUGGGUGAUCAUCCAUCUCUAUCCUUUCCUCAAAGGUUUGAUGGGUCGCCAGAACCGGACACCCACCAUUGUUGUCGUGUGGUCUGUUCUUCUUGCUUCCAUCUUUUCUUUGUUGUGGGUAAGAGUUGAUCCUUUCACCACUAGAGUUACUGGUCCAGAUGUUGAGCAGUGUGGCAUCAACUAUUAUAGUGUUUUUGCAAUGGCUAUCACUGAAGAACCAAUUCUCUCUAGGUUGGACCGUCUAGACAAUAUGGGUUAUGUUUUUCAAUCUCCUUGUGGGUAUCUAAUUGAUGCGAUGAGGGAGCUAGAGGAAAUUAGAGGCUGCAACAGAUCUCCAAGAAGCUCAUGUCCAUCCACGCAAUCAAGUGGGACCCUUACAAGCGAAGGCAAAGUUUCAUUCGUUGAUUUCUCCCCAAAGAGCCUAGAGAAGCACUGCCGUCCGAUUGGCAAUGUGAUGAUGGAGGCUGAACUCAAAGGCACAGUCAUUGAGAGACUUGACCAUGUAGAGGAGCGUGUAAUGAAGCUUUGUUUGCAGCUAGAAGAUGAAUUAGAGGCUAAGAAGCACGUUGAAGGGAAGACAGAGAGAAAGAGGGAGCACAAGAAGGGGCUGAAAGGGCUUGUUAAAAAAAUAGUCAAAAGGAAAUAA